AUGGAGAGGAAAGAGGAGAGUUCAACUGAAAACACGGCACUUUCUGAUCAGAAUAAUCAGAUGAUUCCAUCAAAUAGCUUUAGCUUUUCCAUGGCAAAUAGCAUAUUUGACAUCCCAUGUGAGGCUGAUCAGAAGGGUUCUUUAGGCUUCAUAGACAUGUUGAAUGCUCAAGAUUUUGCUGGCCCUUCUAUAUUUGAUUUGCUACAAACACCGCCGCUGAUUCCACUACAGUCACAGUUACAGCCACAGCCUCUUCUGUCACCGCCGUCAACUGUCCCGGAGUCGUCUGAGGUGGUCGACACUCCGGCCAGCCCAAAUUCUUCGUCUAUGUCUUCGUCCUCAAAUGAAGCUGCUAAUGAUAAACAGACGAAAACUGUGGAUGAAGAACAAAAUGACCAAGAAAAGACCAAAAAACAGUUGAAACCCAAAAAGAAGAACCAAAAAAGGCAAAGAGAACCGAGAUUUGCGUUCAUGACAAAGAGUGAAAUUGAUAAUUUGGAUGAUGGGUAUAGAUGGAGAAAGUACGGCCAAAAGGCAGUGAAAAACAGCCCCUUUCCAAGGAGCUAUUAUCGCUGCACUAGUACAGCUUGUGGUGUGAAGAAAAGAGUUGAAAGAUCAUCUGAGGAUCCGUCCAUAGUUGUCACAACCUAUGAAGGUACCCACACACACCCGUGUCCGAUAACGCCUCGUGGAAGCUUCGGAAUAAUGCCAGGAAACACUACUUUUGGUGGAGGUGGAAGCAGCAGUGGUGGGGGCGGUGAUAGGGGUAGAGGUGGUUCUUUUUUUGCCAUCCCUCAAGUGAUUCAUUAUCAAAACCAACAGCAUCAAAUUCAGCAGCAACCCUAUUUCCAUAAUUUGACACCACCUUUGAGUUUCACCAAUACUAGUCCCUUAGUUCCUCGACCACAUCAAGAAAGACCUUUUUACCCCUCUGCCACUCCUUUAGCCAGAGACCAUGGACUUCUUGAAGAUAUGCUACCUUCACAAAUUCUAAAGGAGACAAAAGAGGAGUAA